ACGUCAUUCAGUUUAACUCUUUUCCCAUAGAACGCAAGAGCUAAUUGAUAAAAAACAGUGAAAAUAUGACUGGUACCGAGUUGAUGAAUGGAAAUGGAAUAUACAAAAAGAAUUUCCAGAAUGGUACUGAGAACGGAGGCUGUACACGGAAGAUAAGUGACAGCUAUCAAGAGAAAUACACUUAUGAAAUGAUAGAACAAACAGCUGAGUUCUUGAAAGAGAGAGUACCUUUUACUCCCACAAUUGGUAUUAUCUGUGGAUCAGGUUUAGGUUCUCUAGCACAGGAUCUGAAAGAUCCCAUAGAAUUUCCAUAUUCCACCAUACCAAAUUUCCCGGUCAGCACAGUGGAAGGCCAUGCAGGCAAACUAAUUUUCGGGUUUCUUUCGAACGCCCCCGUCGUGUGCAUGCAAGGCAGAUUUCAUUUCUACGAGGGUUAUCCAUUAUGGAAAUGCGCGAUGCCUGUAAGAGUUAUGAAACUGUUAGGCGUCUCCCAGUUGAUCGCAACGAAUGCCGCUGGUGGUCUCCACAAAAACUACAAAGUUGGAGACAUAAUGCUCGUUAAAGAUCACAUCAACAUGAUGGGUUUCGCUGGAAAUAACCCCUUGCAAGGACCCAACGAAGAUAGGUUUGGACCUAGGUUUCCUCCCAUGAAUCAGGCUUACGACAAGGACCUCAUCAAGAAGAGCAUGGAAAUAGGGAAGGAGCUGGGUCUUAUAGAUAACAUCCAUACCGGCGUUUACACCUGUCUUGGAGGACCGAACUUUGAGACUGUUGCAGAAUUGAGAGCUUUGAAGAUGUUGGGUUGUGACGCAGUUGGAAUGUCCACUGUCCAUGAGGUUAUAACGGCAAGACACUGCGAUAUGAACGUCCUGGCUUUCAGUUUAAUCACCAAUGAAUGUAUCCUUGAAUACGACUCCACAGAUGAGCCUAAUCAUGAAGAAGUGAUGGAUGCUGGUAAACUGAGACAAGAUGUUCUCAAAAAGUUUGUGGCUCGAAUUGUCGACCACAUAACUAGCAAAUGAUUGAAUUCGGACAAACUGAUUUCAUUUUAAUAUUAGUUAUUUAUGUAUGAUAGAGAUUAUUGUAAUUACAUUUCGAUUCAGUGACUUGUAUUAAGUAAUAUUGAUUGUGUAUCUAUGUUUCUAUAUGUGUGAUUAGUAUAUAAUUUAUUGUUUUAUUAAAUAAGUAAUAAAUUGAUUCCAAAAUA